GGAGGGCAUAGGGCCACAUUGGGUGGCCCUGGUUGAAAAUGGCAAGGAGAACGCUAACGCUAAACCGAUUUACGCGCACCGGAGGGAUUCUGGAAUGCGGAUCCUACACAGUACCAUCAUAGAACACCGACAUUGUGGUAAUCCGAGAUUAUACCAGCGUACAUUCAUUGGCCCUUCACACAGUGCGAAUAUGUUGUGAUCUCAAGGAAGCCUCGUAGAAUACAGUCGGAACUGGGCAGAGCCGUCGAAACAGACAUAACGCCGUUCAACAUACUCGGCUGAACGAGAUAGAUGUUCUUCGAGAUCGACGCGAACGCUCAGCGGACUUUAAUCUGAAUCACUCACGCAUAGCGAAGAGACCAAGAUGACCGGUGCGAUCCUGUACGAUGUUACGUGUAAGCGUCAGCUCUCCUUCCACCCACCACACGCAAACAAGCGCCCACACGCCCAACGCACCAUAACGGGGUCGCUUUCUUCCACCACGCCCGCCUGGCCCCCUCAUCAGCUGCAGACUUUUGCGUGUGCUGUUCGGAUGAUCCUUCGAGCAGGGGGGCCUGUUCCUCUGGCGGCGGUGAACGUCGGAAGGAAGGCAUAUUCUGCCCGUCGUCGUCGUAGGUCGAGGGCAAGGACGAAGUUGAUGGCGGGGAAGAAAGGCGGUGGAGAGGAAUAAGAACGGACG